UAUGGUCCUCGGAGUUCCGCGGGCGCUCGGCGGGGGGAGGCCGAGGGAUGGGGGGGCGCGCCGCCGAGAGCCUCGACCCGUAGCAGCCCCGCAGCCCGGCCGGAGCCCCCUCGCCCCUCGCAGGCCUCGCCGCCAACACGCCUCUCCAACUGAUGCGCCCAUUGAGAAGAAGCAGCCAAGAAAUGUGAUGGGAAGCUGCCUGGCAUGAACUUGUUGCUCUCCCCAACAGCCAGAAGAAGCUGCCGUUUGGAGCGAGCGUGAACCAUGUUUGUCUAUGGGUGACCUCCAGGCUCUUCUGCAAAACACACCUGCCUGGAAGCCGAAAUGUUCAGCGCAGCCCAAUCAUCCAAGGCCGAGUUCCUGGACAAGGCCCGGCAGGCCCGGGAGGAGCGCCGGGAGCAGAAGGAACGUGAGCAGGCUGCGGUGCGGAUCCAGGCCCUCGUCCGAAGGUUUCUGUGCCGCUGUCGGCUGCAGCGGAAAAUCAGGAGCGAAGUGGAUAACUUCUUUCACACCAGCGGUCCUGCCAAGAAGAUGGCCCUUUCGCUCUUCAAAAUCUCCCGGAAGCUGCUCUUUAUUAUCAAACUCCCUCAGGACAAAGAGAGAUUUGAAAAGCUGUGCCGCUGCAUCCUUAGCAGCAUGGAGGCGGAAAACGAUCCUAAGGUGUGGUACGUAUCCCUUGCACUCUCCAAGGAGCUGACACUCUUAUGGAUCCAGCAAGUGAAGGAUGUGCUGUGGAUUUGCUGUGAAUUUCUGAAGCUGCUCAAGCCAGACAUCUUGCAAGAUUCAAAACUGGUAAAUUUGCACCUCACAAUGCUGGUGACUUUUACGGACACCUCUACCUGGAAAAUCCUGCAGGGAAAAGGAGAAGCCCUACGCCAUGCUAUGAAUCACAUCUGUGCAAAUAUCAUGGGCCAUCUCAACCAAAAAGGGUUCUACUCUGUGCUCCAGAUUUUGCUGACAAACGGCUUGGCAAGAUCUCAACCUUCCUUCUCCAAAGGCACCUUAACAGCGGCUUUUUCUCUUGCACUGCGCCCGGUGGUUGCAGCUCAGUUUUCCGACAAUCUCUUGCGAUCCUUCUUGAUCCACAUCAUGUCCGUGCCAGCCAUCAUGAGCCAUCUUGCAACACUUACCCCGGAGCGCCUGGCAGUGAUGGAGUCCCAGGAUCUCCUGCGCAAGUUCCUGCUGUUCUUGAGCCGGGAAGAACAAUGCAGAGAUGUCUGCGUGUGUCUGGAAGGAAGCCACACGCUCUGCCUUCUGGGCAACCUCAUCUUCUUGGGUUCGCUGAAUGAGAAGGUGCUGCAGGAGGAGACGAGCCCCUUUGUCAGCGUCCUGACCCACAUGCUCUGCUACUGCCAGCAGUACGUCUCGCAGAAGAAGUCCAACCUCACCCACUGGCACCCGGUCCUUGGCUGGUUCUCCCAGACGGUGGAUUACGGCUUGAACGAGUCAAUGCCGUUGCUCACCAAGCAGCUUCAGCACCUCUGGGGGGCCCACAUGAUCCGCAUCCUCUUCAGCGACGUGCUCAGCAAAAAACUCCUGGAGAGCCAAGAUGCUUCUCGCCAGCCCCUGCCAGCCCCCUCCCCGCAGAACAGCCUACCCGUGAAGAGCCUCUUCAGGCGCGCCUUCCAGAAAUCGACCUCCGUUCGCAACAUCCUGAAGCCCAUCGGCGGCAAAAGGGUGGACUCGGCAGAGGUGCAGAAGGUGUGCAGCAUCUGCGUCCUGUACCAGAUGGCACUGACCACCUUAACGCAGAUUCGGCUGCAGAUCCUCACAGGCCUCACUUACCUGGACGACCUCCUGCCCAAGCUCUGGGCCCUCAUCUGUGAGCUGGGCCCCCAGGGGGGGCUGAAGGUCUUCCUGGACUGCUUGAACAACCACACCGAGGAGUCCAAGCGGCUGCUGGCGAUGCUGAUGCUCUUCUGCGACUGCUCACGCCACCUGAUCACGAUACUGGAUGACAUUGAAGUCUACGAGGAGCAGAUCUCCUUCAAGCUGGAAGAGCUGAUCACGAUCUCCUCUUUCCUGAACUCCUUUGUCUUUAAGAUGAUCUGGGAUGGGAUUCUGGAGAAUGCUAAGGGGGAAACCCUGGAGCUCUUCCACUCGGUCCACAGCUGGCUGAUGGUCCUCUACGAGAGAGACUGCCGGCGGCGCUUCGCUCCGGAGGACCACUGGCUGCGCAAGGACCUCAAGCCCAACUUGCUGUUCCAGGAGCUCGACAAAGAUCGGAAACGAGCCCAGCUGGUCCUGCAGUACAUCCCCCAUGUCGUCCCCCACAAAAAUCGGGUUCUUCUCUUCCGCAAUAUGGUCACCAAAGAGAAAGAGCAGCUGGGCUUGGUGGAGACCAGCUCUGCGUCGCCUCACGUCACCCACAUCACCAUCCGUCGGUCCCGCAUGCUGGAGGAUGGCUACGAGCAGCUGCGCCAGCUCUCUCAGAACGCCAUGAAGGGCGUCAUCCGGGUGAAGUUUGUGAACGAUCUGGGCAUGGAUGAAGCGGGCAUCGACCAGGAUGGCGUCUUCAAGGAGUUCUUGGAGGAGAUCAUCAAGAAGGUCUUUGACCCGGCCCUCAACCUCUUCAAGACCACCAGCGGGGACGAGAGGCUGUACCCCUCCCCCACCGCUUACAUCCACGAGAACUUCCUGCAGCUCUUUGAGUUUGUUGGGAAGAUGCUGGGAAAGGCCGUUUACGAGGGAAUUGUGGUGGAUGUCCCCUUUGCCUCUUUCUUCCUGAGCCAGCUGCUCGGCCAUCAUCACAGCAUCUUCUACAGCUCGGUGGACGAACUUCCCUCGUUGGAUUCCGAGUUCUAUAAGAACCUGACCUCCAUCAAGCGCUACGAAGGAGAUACCAGUGACCUGGGCCUCACCCUCUCCUACGAUGAAGAUGUGAUGGGCCAGCUUGUGUGCCACGAACUCAUUCCAGGGGGAAAGACCAUCCCAGUGACCAACGAGAACAAGAUCAGCUACAUCCACCUGAUGGCCCACUUCCGCAUGCACACCCAGAUCAAGAACCAGACGGCCGCCUUCAUCGGCGGCUUCCGGUCCAUAAUCAAGCCCGAGUGGAUCCGGGUCUUCUCCGCACCCGAACUGCAGCGGUUGAUAUCUGGAGACAACGCCGAGAUCGACCUGGAGGACUUGAAGAAACACACCGUCUACUACGGGGGCUUCCAUGGCAGCCACAGGGUCAUCAUCUGGCUCUGGGACAUCCUUGCCAACGAUUUCAGCCCCGAUGAAAGAGCCAUGUUUCUCAAGUUUGUUACCAGUUGCUCCCGGCCGCCACUCCUGGGCUUCGUCUACCUCAAGCCUCCCUUCUCCAUCCGGUGCGUGGAAGUGUCGGAUGACCAGGACACGGGAGACACCCUGGGCAGCGUUCUGCGGGGGUUCUUCACCAUCCGGAAGAAGGAGCCGGGGGGGCGCCUGCCCACCUCCUCCACCUGCUUCAACCUCCUGAAGCUGCCCAACUACAGCAAGAAGAGCGUUCUGAGGGAGAAGCUGCGCUACGCCAUCAGCAUGAACACGGGCUUUGAGCUCUCGUAGCAGCCCUGGCGGGAGAAAAGGGCCCGGAGGCCAGUUGGCCAGACAAGCAGCGCCUUCCCGGAGCCUUGGCCAGCAAGGUGGGCCCGAAGCCCUUGGGGCUCCGGUGCCCAGGUAGAAAAGGAGCUGCCCCCAGCACUGCUUCGCUCCUCUGAGACCGCAGCUGGCCUGCCAUUAAACGUAGCCUUGCCUGCAAACCUUGUGCAGUUACCCGUUGCGGGCAGGGGGUCGCUGGAGGUCGUGCCGCGUGGAGGGCUGGGCAGGUCCCUCGUGUUAAGGCCCCCCCCCCCGGGUUGCUGCGGAGGGCUGGGCCGUUUAUGCCAUCUCGUCUCUUCCUCUGCAUUGCCGAGACCUUCCCGUCUGCCCUGGUCGAACUUUCCAGCUGCCCUGGGCGCGCUCUGGCCAAGCUCUUCCAGGGCUCCCAUGUAAGAAGCCACCCGGGCCGAGUUCUGUCUGCUGAAUCCAAGGCCCUGGCAUGGUCCUGCUCAGAGGGGACGAGAGAUCUGAGUUAGCAGCAGCCAGAAAACCUGUUCCUCACUCAGCCUGCAAGGCUACCUUUACCUCUUGACCCCAAAGUGGGAGUCCUUGUCCAGCCUAGUUUUGUUCUCUUGAACUUCUGGCCAAAGUAGUUUAGCUUUGGAUCAACUUUUCUCCAAAGACACCCCCCCCGGGCCCUCCCCAGCAAGGAACAGGGAACUGUUUUCAGCUUCCCGAGAUGGCUCUCCCAUUGCAGCCUCUCUAGUUGCGGAAUCCACCGGUCAGCCCAGGGCGGGGUGACCCUGCGGGAAGGCCUGGCACAGAAGGCGCUCGAGUGCACUUGGGCCGAGGUGGGGGGGAGUGGUGAUUGGUGGGGUCUUUCAGCCCCAAGAACGAGCACCUAGGCAGAGGUGAAGGGGAACCGCUGGGCAGGCCAGGGUGGUCCUGUCUGUUCUCUCAGGGACUUUGUUGUUUUGAAGUUUAGUUUGGCUGCUUGUGGAAGGAGGCACUAAUUGCAGGUGGGUUUAGACCAGGGGGCUCCCAAAGUUGGCAACUUUUAAGACUUGUGGACUUCAACUCCCAGAAUUCCCCCAGCCAUUAGGCUAUGCUUGUCAACUUUGGAGAGCCCUAACGUAGGCUGAAGUGAGCAUUUGCACCCCGUCUUGCUCUUGGGGCAGAUCGUUCCGUCGUCCUCUCGAAGUCUCCCAAACCCCAUGGAAUGAGCUUGGAGCCUGUGGAGGUUCCGCUGUCUGUGGGUCUGGUUGCACUCCGGAGCGUGUGUGCAUGUGUGGAUGUACAGAUUUUGAACAAACACAAGAGGCUGAUCAAGAAAGGCUACCCUGUGUUUUUCUACCUUUUAAAAGAAACUGGAUGAAUCUGUCCAGAGGAAAACGUCUUUUGCUCCCGGUCCAACUCUAUUAAGCGGUGGUUUCCCACAGGGGGUCUGCAGCUCAGCAUGUCCGGGGCCGGAUUGUGAUCCUUCUCCCAGGUAGCUGCACUGCUUGUGUGCGAGUCUUGCUUAUUUUAGGAAAACAGAUUACAAACCUCAACCUUUUCCACAAAUGUGAAAUGUGAAGAAAGAAGAGUCGGUUUGUAACAAACAGUGCAAGGUAUUUUGAGAAUGUUGCUUUUAUUUAAGUCCAGUUCUUUUUAAUUUUAGAACAUAGCUACUGCCUUGAAAUACAAACACCCCCCCCUCUUUAAUUAAGGGCUGGGCCCAGACAGGAUCAUAAGCGUGGAGCUCUUCUGGAUGCUGGUUCACCCAGUUUCCUUCCUGAUUUUCCGUUGGGGAUUGUGGGUUGUUGACCUGUGGCCGCCACUGCGGGCCUCCCAGAGAAAUGUUUCAAAUUGCCCUCUUGGAGGAGGGGGUGCAGUCUCCUCCUCCCCCCCCCCGCUUCUGGUGCCCUCCUACCCACUGGAAUCCGGGAGUGGCCAGUCCAGACAAGCCUGGCAACAG